GGACGAACCGCGCCGCCGGGUUGGCUGCUGCCCCGAGGCCGGACUCAACGGAUUCGGGCCGCGCCACCGGGCCAGCUCGCCGCCCCGGCCCCGCCGUCCGGAGCUGAGGAGCGAGCGAGGCGGCGCCGCACGAUUUGGUUGUAAAUGCAUCACGAAGAGAGAGCGCAGAAUGAAGAAGGCAAGCAGGAGUGUUGGCGCGGUGCCUAAGGUGUCUGGGAUAAGCAAGCCGCCAGCAGCAGAGAAAACCAAGCCCGAGAGCAGCUCUGCAGCGUCCACCGGAGGCAAACUUGUGAAGCCCGGGGCAGCAGCAGCGUUGUCAAAGACCAAGAGCAGCGAUGACCUCCUAGCUGGAAUGGCUGGGGGGGUGUCGGUGACUAAUGGUGUGAAAGGCAAGAAGAGCACCUGCCCGUCCGCAGCAUCCUCAGCGUCCGCCCCUGCCAUGACCACAGUGGAGAGCAAGUCCAAGACUGGCACAGGCACAAGUUCUUCAGCCAAGCGGAACACUUCCAGUAGUAAAGAAUCCAGUUCGACUAGAGAAAGAUUGCGUGAACGUACCCGACUAAACCAGAGCAAAAAGCUACCUUCUGCCGGCCAGGGAGCUAACGAAGUGGCAUUGGCCAAGCGCUUCCGCAGUCGCACAGCCACGGAAUGUGACGUUCGUAUGAGCAAGUCUAAGUCAGACAAUCAGAUCAGUGACAAAGCUGCUUUGGAAGCCAAAGUGAAAGAUCUCCUCACACUGGCCAAAACUAAAGAUGUGGAAAUUUUGCAUUUGAGAAAUGAACUCAGAGACAUGCGUGCUCAGCUGGGCAUUAAUGAGGAUCACUCAGAGGGCGAUGAGAAGUCGGAGAAGGAAGCCAUCAUUGCGCAUCAGCCUACUGAUGUUGAGUCCACUUUACUGCAGUUGCAGGAACAGAACACUGCCAUCCGUGAAGAGCUCAAUCAGCUGAAGAAUGAAAACAGGAUGCUGAAGGACAGGCUGAACGCUCUGGGCUUUUCCCUAGAGCAGAGGUUGGACAAUUCUGAAAAACUGUUUGGCUACCAGUCUCUGAGCCCCGAAAUCACGCCCGGCAACCAGAGUGAUGGUGGGGGGACUCUGACUUCUUCCGUAGAAGGCUCGGCCCCUGGCUCCGUGGAGGAUCUCUUGAGUCAGGAUGAGAACACCCUCAUGGACCACCAGCACAGUAACUCCAUGGACAAUCUAGACAGUGAAUGCAGUGAGGUCUACCAGCCCCUUACGUCGAGUGAUGACGCCCUGGACGCGCCAUCAUCCUCGGAGUCGGAAGGCCUCCCGAGCAUCGAGCGCUCUCGGAAGGGGAGCAGCGGGAAUGCCAGUGAAGUGUCCGUUGCUUGCUUGACGGAACGGAUACACCAGAUGGAGGAGAACCAGCACAGCACGAGCGAAGAGCUUCAGGCAACGCUGCAAGAGCUGGCGGAUCUGCAGCAGAUUACCCAGGAACUGAACAGCGAAAACGAAAGACUCGGGGAGGAGAAGGUUAUUCUGAUGGAGUCCUUAUGUCAGCAGAGUGAUAAGUUGGAGCACUUUAGCCGGCAGAUCGAGUAUUUCCGCUCCCUUUUGGACGAGCAUCACAUUUCUUACGUCAUAGAUGAAGAUGUAAAAAGCGGACGCUACAUGGAGCUGGAGCAGCGUUACAUGGAUCUGGCUGAGAACGCCCGCUUUGAGCGAGAGCAACUCCUAGGUGUCCAGCAGCAUUUAAGCAACACUCUGAAGAUGGCCGAACAGGACAAUAAGGAAGCCCAAGAAAUGAUAGGGGCACUCAAAGAGCGCAAUCACCACCUGGAGCGCAUCAUCGAGUCUGAGCAGAAGGGCAAAGUGGCCUUGGCAGCCACGCUAGAGGAGUACAAGGCCACCGUCGCCAGUGACCAGAUAGAGAUGAAUCGCUUGAAGGCCCAGCUGGAGAACGAAAAGCAGAAAGUGGCGGAGCUGUACUCCAUCCACAACUCUGGGGACAAGUCCGAUAUCCAGGAUCUCCUGGAGAGCGUCAGGCUGGACAAGGAAAAAGCAGAGGCCUUGGCGAGUAGCCUGCAGGAGGAUCUGGCCCACACACGGAAUGACGCUAACCGAUUGCAGGAUGCCAUUGCGAAGGUAGAAGAUGAGUAUCGAGCCUUCCAAGAGGAAGCUAAAAAACAAAUUGAAGACUUGAAUAUGACUCUAGAAAAACUAAGAUCAGAACUGGAAGAAAAAGAGACAGAACGGAGUGACAUGAAGGAAACCAUCUUUGAACUUGAAGAUGAAGUAGAACAGCAUCGAGCUGUGAAACUUCAUGACAAUCUCAUUAUUUCUGAUUUAGAGAAUACAGUUAAAAAGCUCCAGGACCAAAAACAUGACAUGGAAAGAGAAAUCAAGACACUCCACAGGAGACUUCGGGAAGAAUCUGCAGAGUGGCGGCAGUUUCAAGCUGAUCUUCAGACUGCUGUGGUCAUUGCAAACGACAUUAAAUCUGAAGCACAAGAGGAGAUUGGGGAUCUGAAGCGCCGGUUACACGAGGCACAAGAGAAAAAUGAGAAACUCACAAAAGAAUUGGAAGAAAUAAAAUCUCGCAAGCAAGAGGAAGAGCGAGGCCGGGUGUAUAACUACAUGAACGCUGUUGAGAGAGAUUUGGCAGCCUUAAGGCAAGGAAUGGGACUGAGUAGAAGGUCUUCUACUUCCUCUGAGCCAACCCCUACGGUAAAAACCCUUAUCAAGUCCUUCGACAGUGCAUCUCAAGUGCCCAACCCUGCUGCAGCUGCAAUUCCUCGAACCCCUCUGAGUCCAAGUCCCAUGAAAACCCCUCCUGCUGCAGCUGUCUCCCCCAUGCAGAGACAUUCCAUAAGUGGACCAAUCUCUACAUCCAAACCCCUGACAUCCUUGUCAGAUAAGAGACCAAACUAUGGGGAAAUCCCUGUUCAAGAGCAUCUUUUAAGAACAUCUUCAACGAGCCGGCCUGCUUCUCUUCCAAGAGUACCUGCCAUGGAAAGUGCCAAGUCCAUUUCAGUGUCUCGCAGAAGUAGUGAAGAGAUGAAACGAGAUAUCUCUGCACCAGAAGGAGCAUCGCCUGCCUCUCUCAUGGCUAUGGGGACCACAUCACCACAGCUCUCGCUCUCCUCCUCUCCCACUGCCUCUGUCACCCCCACCACCCGAAGCCGCAUCAGGGAAGAAAGAAAAGAUCCUCUCUCAGCACUGGCAAGAGAAUAUGGAGGCUCAAAGAGGAAUGCUUUGCUGAAAUGGUGUCAGAAGAAAACAGAAGGUUACCAGAAUAUUGACAUCACAAACUUCAGCAGCAGCUGGAACGACGGUCUGGCCUUCUGUGCGCUCCUGCACACGUACCUUCCAGCCCACAUUCCGUACCAGGAGCUGAACAGUCAGGACAAGCGAAGGAACUUCACCCUGGCCUUCCAGGCGGCUGAGAGUGUCGGCAUCAAAUCCACACUGGACAUUAACGAGAUGGUGCGGACGGAGCGGCCCGACUGGCAGAACGUGAUGCUCUACGUGACGGCCAUCUACAAGUACUUUGAAACCUGAGCGCCUGGAGAGGCCUGCCGCCUGUCCCGAGAGACGCCGCCAUUUGCUCCGCGCCCCGUAAAGCUUCCUGCCACUCUCGGGGCGCCCCGCAGCGUGCGCACUUCAGCCGGAGGCCUCCGUGUGUGUGUGUGUGUGUGUGUGUGUGUGUGUGUGUGUGUGUGUGUGUGUGUGUGUGUGUGUGUGUGUGUGUGUGUGUGUGUGUGUGUGUGUGUGUGUGUGUGUGUGUGUGUGUGUGUGUGUGUCUCAUGGCUCGGCCCUGUCUCCUCCCGCACGACCCGGCCGGCCGGAGCUCAGGGUGGCCCCCGCACCGCACCCCAAGAGGCGGCUAGGGUUUCCCCUUCGGAGAGAGCACGCUCAGCUGCGUCAGUGCUGCGGGGUCUCCGACCAAACCCCGGCCCGGCCCCAGCUAGACUCGGGGAAGGGGCUCCACGGUGCGGGCAACGCAGCCCCCGCCCCACCCUGCCGCCUGCCUGCCCAGAAGAGACACGGGAAGUGGGAGCCCGGCGCGCUCCGCUUCCUGCCCCGGCGGCCUCGGCUCUUCACGCGGGCUUGGUUUUGAGACAUGCAUCACAACCCCUCCGCUGGCGCUGACGGGCCGUCCUGGCCAGCCCGGCUCAGGUGCGCUCGGUUGGAGCCGGCAGGUAGCCAGGACUCUGCUGGCCGACUCUCAGCGUCACGGCUGGCAGCGGUUCACGCGGGCCUCUGCCCACAGGAAUCUCUGGGCGUUUGGAUGCUCACCUGCCUUGACUGUCCCCCAGCCUUGAAGGGGAUUUGGAUCCCCACUUUUGACUUUAGGGUUCUAGACAAAAGAAUUGGUCAAGAGUCCUCCUAGCGUGGACAAAAAAGUGUUUUUCUUAUCAAUCAGCAAUAUCAGCAAAAAAAAAAAAGCUCCUAUUCUUCAUUACCAAAGUUAAAUUGGUUUAGUAAGUGUGGAGGUAAAACACUAAAACACAAAGAUUUGGACAUUAACUUGGUAAAAGAGCAAGGAGUGGAAUAGGUGGUAGCAGGGAAAAACAAACACUAAACAGUUGUUUGCUGGGAGCCCAGAGAGUGUCAUUUAAAGCACUUAUGGGUCACUGGGAUGUAACCGUCCUGGGCAGGAAUUUACGAAAGUGCCUUAACUCUCUGUGCUCGUGCCGCCCCCAUCCGGAGGGGCCUCGGGCCUCCAGCCUCCGUGGCCAGCGCAGGAUGUCGCCUGGGCACAGCCCGGAGUGGAGCCAGGCCCCCUGCCGGCGGCCACCCCUGGCGCUGAACAACAGGCCCCAUUGCGGCCCCUUCUGUGAGGUGUGGACCAAAGCCUUAUUCCAGCGCGUUCUGCCCGGCGGGCUCGGGCGGGACCUGGCCCUUCGUGGAGACAGAGCCCACGUCUCGUCAUGGGUUUGAACAGCAUCAAGACGUGUUUCUUCCAGAAAACAGCAUGUGUGGCCUCCCCGGCGCAGUGCGAGGAAGCAGGAUCGUGACGCGCACGGGCACCCACAGGGUCAGGAAGAGUUGCAGCCGGCUCGGCCCGGAGGCCUUGUCCCACACCCGAAUUGGACUUGUCUGUGGCCUAGAAAGGGACGUGGUUCCUAAGCAAACGGUGCCUGUGAGUGACCUGCAGGUCACAGCUGCCAAGUGGCCAGUUGAUGCCCUCCGCCCUGCUCGGGUGUUCACAGCUGGCAGCCCCGGUGGGGAGUUUUUUUUGCAAAAGGCCAUUUUCAGCCCCGAAAGGAGGCGCCGGGGACCCCCAGAAGCCCAAGCAGAUGCCUGGCUUGUCCCCCUCAGCCCUGCUGGGUGCCAGUCCCUUCCUUGUGCCUGGUCCACGGUGCCCCGUGCUGCCCGCGGAGUGACUGUUGAGUCAGAGUCACUGGCGGUGUUUCUGUUUUAGGAGGGAGGGAGCAGCAUGUUCAGGAGCACAGGGCACCUCCCAUGGGGAGAGAACCAGAGUGCCCAGAGAGUAGGGGUGGAAUCGCACACCUCGGGAGAGAGGCGGGCGGCCCCGAACGGGGAUGCGCCGAGAACCAUCCAGGCGCUGAGAAUCUCACCGCUCCCUUUACCUUCCACCCCUGCCCUCCUCGGCCAUCGCCAGGACACCUCCCGGGGGCCCGUGUGUCCCGUGUGUGCUCGUGUUCCUGUUUAUUUAUUACAUUAGCGGGGAGCUCCUUUUUGUCCUGCAAUUUCCAGGUCUGUGGUCCACUGCUCUGUCCAUUCCCAGCCAUGUGAGCCAGCCCUGGCAGCUCAGCUGUGCAGAACUUGGGGGGGCAGGUAUUUGGAGUGGGGGGGUGAGGGGGCGGCUGCCGUGCUGAGGGGCCACCCCUUGGCCCUGACCGCGGCCAGGUGAGCAGCUGCACGUUGCCCGGCAGAGGCCGCCAGCAUGAGCGCCUUUCCCAGUGGUUCCGCGGUGAGUGCCGGCAGACGCGCAGCCCUGAUGCCCCGUUCCGUGCCCAGGUGCCCCCCCACUUCCCUCACACACUCCCAGGACGCCUCCAGGAACGCCUUUGCCUUUUCUUCCGUCAAGCACAAGCUUUCCUGCAGAAGGGCCAGUUGCAUUUCUGUUCCUCUCAGCCACGGACUUCUGCUGACUGACUACUUUUAUUUUGUUCUAUUCAAUAUUCCUGAAUGUAUUAAAGUUCCUGAAACAUU